UCCCCUAUGCCGACAUAAUGUCCAAGACGCUGGUGUUCGGCAUCUACGACUUCGACAGGUUCUCCAAGCACGACCAGAUCGGCGAGGUCAAGAUCCCGCUGUGCCAGGUCGACCUCGCGCAGACGAUCGAGGAGUGGAGGGACCUCGUGUCCGUGGAGGGCGACGGAGGCCAGGAAAACAAGCUCGGGGACAUCUGCUUCUCCCUGCGCUACGUGCCGACGGCAGGCAAGCUCACGGUGGUAAUUCUGGAAGCUAAAAACCUCAAGAAAAUGGACGUCGGUGGCUUAUCAGAUCCGUACGUGAAGAUCUGCCUCAUCCAGAACGGAAAACGCCUCAAGAAGAAGAAGACGAGCAUCAAGAAGUGCACUCUCAACCCGUACUACAACGAGUCCUUCUCCUUCGAGAUCCCCUUCGAGCAGAUCCAGAAAGUGAACCUGCAGGUGACCGUCGUGGACUACGACCGCAUCGGCACGUCAGAGCCCAUCGGCCGGUGCGUCCUGGGCAUGAACGCCUCGGGCACGGAGCUGCGCCACUGGUCGGACAUGCUGGCAUCGCCCCGGAGGCCCAUCGCCCAGUGGCACACCCUGAAGGACCCCGAGGAGGCCGACGCCAUCCUGAACCUCAAGUAAAAGGGCAGACUCCUCCAUUCCGAAGAGCGCAAGAUGACCCUCCAACCUUCCGCCACGAUUUCCGAAGCGAUGACAUGAAUCCAAGAAAUUACGACCAAAGCGUCUAGUCAGUAGUUGUGCGAACCGUACACGAUGCUUCAGAUAAACAGGAUAACUUCCCUUUCAAUCAGUGUUAAAAACAGAGAAACGCAGAAUGCCGCUUUUGAUAUCAUCCAGUGAGGAUGAGCAGCUCUUCUUCUUUUUGUUGUUGUCUUUUCCUCUUUUUUUAUUGCAUGAAAACAUCACAUACAUCUGAAUAAAAUAGGUAGAUAGGACUUUCAUUCUAACGUGCAGCCGAUUUCUUCAAAGCAUGAGGUGAGGAAGCAUCAUUUAGUAAGGUUGGUACGUCAAGAUGGCAAGUGGUCAUCUUCACAAAGUACAGUGAUUCAGGAUAUAUAUAAUUAAUAGUAAGCGGAACAUAAAUGUAUGUGCAUAUAUACAUACAUUCAUAUUUAUGUGUAUACUCACUGGGGUGUGACAAUGCAGCUGUUUUGCGAUAUAUCUUAAAAAAAAAAAAAAAAAAAAAAUCAGUGUGUCGAUUUAACUCCAUUCCCUGUGGCAAAACUUGUCCGACUUGUAAUGUACAACAAAAAACAAAACGAGGUAAGAAGAAUAAAGAAAGAACUCUCACAAAACAAAUCAAAGUCUUCAGCAGCUCGUCUAUCAUCUUCAAGUUGGCCUUGGCUGGGUCUCCACUGGUUCCAAAAGAGGUUGCGCGUGCCCCAAACCUAGGCAAACUUGACGUGGGCACAGCAAACCCAAGACCAACGCACCUGACUUGGGCAUCCCAACCUAAAGAGAUUAAAAGCGCGAACUGAGAUACCUUUUGUUCCAACUGCUGGAAGUAAGAGAGUCCGGAGGGAGGGUCACACAGGCGAGUGGACGGACGACCUCCUCCCAGCGGCCCAAGCGGUGGAACCCGGAGAGCUCCAGCUGAGUUCUUACACACCCUCUGCCUUGCUAGACAUACCUGACGGAGGCACACUUACCUAUCUCCUUUCCGCACUCCAGAGACUCCCCUCCCCCACUCACAUCCUCAUAUGGUAAGGAGAUGAAAGAAAGAAAAAGAGAGUUAAGAGGAAAAUACACCGAGACAAGCGGCGCCUUGUCGACACAUGAUGGGGCCGGUGCUGCUGCGCAAGUCGACUCGCACCUGUUUAAGAUUCUGCUCUCCUGGGCGAAGCGUCUUCCCCUCUGAGGCCACACCACCUGCAGGAGGAGGAGUCUCGCCAGCGCGACGUGUUCCUUGGACCCGAGCGAGGCCGUGCGUGCGCAAGGCCCCGCUACCUUUGUGAGGUCAUCGUGGGGUCUUUUCUACGGAAGCGGCAAAGCCAUUUUGUUAAUUAGUGGAGAUAGUUGAUGUUGUUGUUGUUUAUUUUUUUUUUCAGUUUUCACUUUUGAGUAGUCGAUUUUCUCCUUGAUGCAUAAGCCUUUUCUGGCGGUGCAUCCUGGCUUCAACCAAAGAAUACGAUUAAGAAGGGAUCUAUUAAAAACUGACAUAACGGGAUAAGGUGGGGCUUUAUCGUAGCUAGUUAGUGAGGACGAACUUUGUCUGGUCCAGUCAAAGUUUGCCCCCAAGAAUUUGAUAUUUAAACAAAUUUAAACUUAUUUCUGGUCUACAUUCGCCUUAGGAAAAGGGAACAUUAUCACUGUAAAAUGUUCUAUAUAGGGUAGAUAAAGAGAUUUACCCAAACAUAGGCAGCAGUACAUCUAUAAUGACUAUAAUGAAUGUAUGGACAUCAUCAUGCUAGCGAAGAAUAAACAGAAUUCAGUCCUCUUUCGUUUGCAAGUUAGCAUUUGCAGUAGUGUUUUAGUUAGGCUUUCAUAAUCUUUGAGUAGAGAGAAUCACUCAUUCCUUUUAUAUGUCAGCUAUGUUUUGGAGAGUAAAUGUUUAUAUCACGGGACAUGUAGCUGUACUGAUCUUCACAUAUAUAAAUAUUAAGCAGUGUCCUAUUAUAUACAUUAUAUACAUCAGUGUACAGGUAGGUAAGUCUACUUAUACAUAUUCUUCUUUAGCUCCCGACAUAAUAGCUAUGGCUGAAAGAAUAUACCUUUUUCAUGAUUUCUCAUGUCUCUCCUGAACUGUUCUGGGACAGCCGUGGAUUCCUGGUGCCAUAUGGAAUUAUUAUUUACAUGUUCAUUGUUUGAGCCUAUUAAGGGUCAUACUCCUCUGAUAGUGUAUGUUUUAUCAACCCCCCUCCCCCCUGUGAUUCGUUGGGUCAUUAUUACUACUGUUGAGACUUUGAACUAGUAAUUUGAUAGGAACUAUCGAAAAAAAAAUAUAUAAAAUAGUUUGUAAAAAGUGUGAAAAUAGCAUGGAGUGGGAUAUCCCCCAUCUUUGUAUAGUAUGAGUCCCGCACACUCCCCUUAGGAUACAAGUAUUAGGACUUAUCAGGCCUUUUUUCAUUUUGGAUUCCGGUCGUCUAAACUUCUGCCCAAAACUAAAAAACAAGAAAACGUUUAUUUGCGAUUAGAGAAAAAGCUGAAAAUAAAUCACAACGGUUACACAUGCCACAAUUGGCCUAAUGCGUCCUGAUCACCCACCAACGUCUAGGAGACUGCAAAGACCCGACGGCGUGGAUGCCUUUGAUUGGUUAUAUAAUAUUUGAAAUUGUUCAUGACAUGUCGCGCGGCCAUUGGUUCCCUGCAAUCUCUCAGUCUUGGGUUGUGGCCCCCUAUUGGUCAAGUGUGGGGCCGCCAAGCUCUGUGUUGUUAAUAUUAUGUGCCGAUCAUUUCAUAUCAGAUGGGGACAGGGUCUGGAAGUGCAAAAAAUAAUAAUAAUGAUAAUAAAAAAAAAAAAAAAUACACACAAAAAAUUGUUUUAGAAAAUACUUUUAAAAAUAGAGAUAAAAAAGGUCCACAUCCAUCGCCUCAUUUAGCUUCACAGUAGACAAAUCCUGCGGUCGAGUUCAGUGCUGGAAUCUGUCACAUUUUGCCCGCAUGGUUUGAGUCUCUCCCCCAAACGGACUAAAACACACAAGUGAAUUUCUAAAACGAAGGAAGGACAAAGAAAGUGGGAGAAGACAAGAUUAUGGAGUAAUUAUCGUCUCUUUGCCUCCACCCGUGGUCAAAGAAGUAACAGUCAUAUUCAUCACAAAAGGAGAACGUAUAGCCUGAAUGAAGAGGGCUCGAUGAACCUAUGUUACCGAUUAUUUAUGAUAAUUAUCAUUUAGGAUAAUCUGUCAUCCAAGUACUAAAACACAUGAAACAAAGGCUCAUGUUGGAGGAUGGCAUUCGUGUCAAAACAUUAUCAGGGACUCCAUCGAGCUUUCCAACGGGACGCCAUCCUUUGACCCGACCCUACGCAACCACCUUCCCCUCUCUGCCCCCGCCCAACCCUUCUUCACCUCAUAUAGAUAUAUAUAUAUAUAUAUACACACACAUCUACUUUUGCUUUGUGUCUUUUUUCUCUUCAUCGGUUGUGUCUCUUUGUCUUUCGAUCCCCUUCAAGUGCAACAAAUAGGAAAGAUCCUCUUUGCCAAAUUGACCACGCCCCCUUUCUCGAUGUUUCAACCAAUCCCGUGUCGUUUUGGGCGCGUCGCCUCCCUCUUUACCCUUUUUCCAUCUAUCACUCUUCGACCAUCUCCCUCUCUUCGACCGUUCCUACCAACACGUGCCGUUGUGAAAUCAUCACUACUCUUUUUGUUUAUAUUCUUCCUAUUCCCACUGUUUCCACUCCUCUGCUAAUUUCUCACUCGACUGCAAACGGAGCUAACAUUUUCCCCCGUUUCUCUGUCACGCUUUUGACCCCAUUUACCCUAGUGAAUUCUUGAGCUUCUUUCAUGACGUGCCGUCUGUCAAAUCGUUGUCUGUUCCCGAGGAUGUAUUUUCUCCCUCUCUCUCUCCUUUCACUCCAUAAAACCUCUUUGUUAUUCGCCAACGCUUGGGAGACGAGAAGUAAGCUUGAGGAAACAAAGAUCGCCAGUUAGAAUGAUAAGAAUAGUGAUAAUUAAAAAAAAGCAAUGAAAAUAAUUCUUGAUUAGAUUUUCCACCAUAAAUAUAAAUGAAAUUGAGGAUACACACGUCCAUCAGGCAUAAUACUUCUUUCCGGGAUCAAAUCAGGGAUCUAUAUCUUCGCGAACUGACAAAAGAAAGUGUACAAAGGGCAUUCGAGUCUCCUAUAGUAGCUGCGCUCUUUUUAGAAUCAUCUAUACUAUUUAUUCGGGGCAGUUACAUCACAGGGUUGGAUCCUCUCUAUGUUCGGGGGGAGAUAUUUACAUCGGAUGUUUGUUGAGCUCUUUGCGUAGCCUCUGCGUGAUGGAGCAUCGUUUAUCUUUUAUCAUACUCUAGACUAGUAGAUUUGGCACACUUGAAUUCGCUGUAGAUAUGUAUAAUUUUCUCUUCUUUAUCCCCCCUUCCUCUUCCUCCUUCUCAUUCUCCUUCCUUGGAGUGUUUUAUUUCAUCAUCAUGUUAUAUUUUGUCACAGAGCCACCAAUGUAAGAUAGGUCACGAGAUUAGCAAUUUUGAUCUUUCAAGGCGUACCUUAGGGUCCAAAUUCACUAGUCACGUCACAGGAUGUACGACCCUAUCCCCCCUACGUCUGGUUCGGCCUAUACCCGUCUCCCACUCCUUAUUAAAUAAAUAACUAAAAAAAAAAAAAUAUCCGCUCGAUCAUUUUCCUCAAUCCGGUUCGAGUCCUGGCUUCUACCGUGAUUACAUAUAUAUAAAUAUUUCUCCUUUUUAUUUUUUGAACGUGCUGAUCAUAGAGUAUUUUGAUUAAGUGUUUAGGUGACCCUCUGCGGCAAGUAAUGAAAGCGCCUCUCACUGUAGAUAACAAACCGUCACAGGUAGAAACGAGAACACUUUUUGCUAGCACUGAUUUUGAGCAGAAUCCGUGACUCGGCCUGGAUUGAGAAGGAGGUUUGUGCGGGGUAUGUGUCAUGUGAAUGGUUGUACGUACAAGUAUGUAAAUUUUGUGCUCAUGUGAUGAAUGCAUCAUUAUUAAUAUAUUAAAAUCAUGAAAACGGUCAUGAAUGCCUCAAACUCAUCAGCCUGAUCAUUUCUUGAUUGAUAGAGAGAAAAAAAAUCAAGAGAAACCAAAAGUAACAACAUAUACAUAUAUAUGCAUAAAUCGAUUAUACAUAAAAAAAAGUUUCCAAACCGAUCCCGUUAUUAUCAUCAAACGUUUCGAGGAAGAAUCAGCUGGUAGACUGCGGCAUUGAUGCGUGUAUACAGAAACAGAUUCUACAUAACAGUUCUGCAAAAAACAACUACCUACAGGGCAUUUGCUCGACCGCCAACCGCAGCCGCAUCCCAUGGAUCUCGGAGUCCACCUGUGUGUUGCUCGUAGGUUGGGAUCGUCAACAGAAACUUGGAUAAAAGUGUUGUUUGUUUAGAUAUGUUACAGAUGGAUUAGGCAAGUAAAAUGACUUAUUACAAAGUCACGAGACCUAACCUGGAAUUGUGUAAAAAGAUUAGAUAUAACGAACAAUAAAACAUAUGAAAAUAAGA